GAAGCUGUUGAAGUUACUCGACGUCUGGGUAUACGUUACCUUUGGAUCGACUCUCUGUGCAUCCUCCAAGACCGAGACGACCUCUCCGACUGGCUCGUCGAAGCGGGACUAAUGCACAAGGUUUACUCAUACUCAUAUUGCAACAUCUCUGCUUCGGGGGCCCGAGAUAGCUCCAAGGGGCUGUUCUUCCAAAGAGAUCCACGGCAGAGUCUCACAAAAAGUGUGACGAUAUGCACUGAGGAGCUUGGCCUUGGCGAAGACUAUGUGGACUGUACCAUUGUGAACUUGGAGUUUUGGAGUCACGCUGUUGGCCAAUGUCCCCUCAACAAACGCGGUUGGGUCUUGCAGGAGCGUCUGCUACCCCCUCGCGUUCUCCAUUUCGGCCGAGACCAGUUAUACUGGGAAUGCAGAGACCACACAGCAGCCGAGUGUUAUCCAGACGGACUACCCGAAACAUUGCGCAAUACCGCUCUUGUGAAGUUCAAGAGACUCACCCCGACAGGGCCCAGUUCCAAUACUGAUCAAGAAAAGGCUAUUGAUCCAUUCGGAUAUCACCGGAUGUGGCAAUCAAUUAUAUGGUCAUAUUCCGAAACCCAGCUGACCUAG